AUGGAGGACAUGUACCGGUGCUCCCGACACGACGAGUCGAGUCGUAUUGUCCGACAUCUGGAAAGCCACACCGGAGAUAUCACGUAUAUUCAGGCGUGUCUGGCCGCCGGUGGUGUGUGCCUGUGCUCAGCCCUAUUCACUGCUAUACAUCACCCGACCCUCCAUAUGAUGAUGAGACUAGCCAUGAGAAUGAGAAGCGCCUGUUGUACGCAAAUGUAUAACAAGUCUCUAAAACUGAGCCGGGCAGCGAUGGCAAAAACAACCGUCGGUCAAAUUGGCAAUCUAAUGUCCAACGAUGUGAGUCGUUUGGAUCAGUUCACAUUUACGGUGCCGUAUCUGAUUAUAGCGCCCAUACAGACAACAAUUGCCAUAUAUAUAAUGUACGGAUAUUUGAGUUACUAUUGUUUCGUUGGCGUCGGACUAUUGGCCCUAUUAAUACCAUUUCAGGCAUUUAUGGGCAAACUUUUCUCUAAACUCAGGUUUACAACGGCACAGUUAACUGACAAUCGUCUAAAAUUAAUGAAUGAAAUAAUCACUGGAAUGCGAGUCAUUAAGAUGUAUGCCUGGGAACAGUCAUUCGCCCGACUUGUGGCCACCGCACGCAAGAGCGAGGUGGGUCGUAUUAGAGUUGGAUGUUUUCUAUAUGCCAUUAAUUUGUCCAUAUUCUACGCGGCCUCACAUAUAAUACUAUUCGCUGUAUUCAUAACAUACGUACUGACGGGUAAUGUAUUGACAGCCAAAGCGGUGUUUGUGUCGAUACACGCUGUAUUCAUAACAUACGUACUGACGGGUAAUGUAUUGACAGCCAAAGCGGUGUUUGUGUCGAUGUCUUUGUUCAGUAUAUUAAGACUAACAAUGACUUCAAAAUUUCCGGACGCUAUACAAGACACGGCAGAAAUGCUGGUCACCUGUCGGCGAAUACAAGAAAGUCCGUUACCAAAUCUACAUAAAAUAUCGUUUAAUUUAAAACCGGGAGAUCUGUUGGCAGUCAUCGGACCGGUGGGCGCCGGAAAGAGCUCACUAUUGAUGACUAUUCUAAAAGAGCUGCCGCUUCUGUCGGGGAGUAUAGAAACGGUGGGAUCAAUAAGCUAUUCCUGUCAGGAAUCCUGGAGUUUCAAUACUAGUGUUCAAAAUAAUAUACUUUUUGGAACCGAAUAUAACGAAUCCCGAUAUAAGCGAGUGGUAGAGGUGUGCGCUUUGGAGCGAGACUUUGAGAUAUUCGCGUUCGGAGACAAGACAUUAGUCGGUGAGAGAGGAGUACAGCUAUCGGGGGGACAGAAGGCCCGCAUCACGUUAGCCAGAGCUCUGUAUCGAAACUCAGACAUCGUAUUAAUGGACGACCCGUUGAGUGCUGUCGACACUAGUGUUGCCGAACAUAUAUUUGAUAAAUGUAUAGUCGACUACUUGUGCGACAAAAUCCGUAUUCUAGUCACACAUCAAAUCCAAUUCAUACGAAAAGCGACACAAAUAUUNAUCCAAUUCAUACGAAAAGCGACACAAAUAUUGGUUUUGAACGACGAGGGAAAGUGUCUGGGAUUGGGAUCCUAUGAUGAGCUCCAGUCCCGGGGCUUAGACUUCAUGUCUAUUCUCAGCGAUCAGGAGAGGGAAGCGGACGAUAAGGCAGUCAAACAACAAAGGGAUCAAAUUGUUCGGACAAUAUCUACGAAUACGGCCGACGGGAACGAGGGAUCUGAUGAUGAGUCCAAAGUUGAUGAGCCUAUGAUUGACCCACAGAUAUGCGAAGAAAACCGAGAAAUCGGUUCAAUUGAAAGACGGGUGUAUUGGGAGUACGCAAAGGCCGGCGCCGGACCCCUACUGCUUAUCGUUACGCUUAUGGCGACAAUUAUAUCGCAAGUUUUAUUAAACGGAACCGAAUUAUUUCUUUCAAGAUGGACUGAAAAAUACCAGAAUAAGACAUCCGAACAAAUUGACCAUGAUCAACAGAAUAUGGAUGUUAUAAUCUAUUCAUCACUAAUCGCAGCCCUAUUUGCGACGGCACUAAUCCGAGUGAACACAUGGUAUAUGAUGUGUAUGCGGGCAUCGGUUAACCUUCACAACAGUAUAUUCAAUACUCUAUUACGGACUCCCAUAUCAUUCUUUGACAACAAUCCCGUCGCUAAAAGUCCCAUAUUUACUCACGUGAGCACAACACUGAACGGGUUGGCCAGUGUCCGAGCCUUUGGAGCGCAGGCAGAGUUUGAGCGCCAGUUUAAUAUUUACCAGGAUGAUCAUACGGCCAUGUGGUUUAUGAAAUUAUGUACACAACGUGUAUUGGCUAUUGUUAUGGACUGGUUUUGUGUCGUUUAUAUAGUGGUGGUUAGUGUAGUAUUGAUGGUGUUUUAUGAGGGUAUUGGCGGUGGAAGUGCUGGACUGGCCCUGUCUUCAGCCCUAAUGUUGACCGGAAUGGCUCAGUGGGGGGUCCGGCAGUCAGCGGAGUUGGAGAGUCAGAUGACUUCAGUCGAGCGCAUCAUUGAGUACUCAAAACUACCACAAGAGGCGGCCCUCACAGCACAUGAUAGCCAUAAACCCCCUCCCGAU